CAUAGUAAGCAAGGAUGUACUGCAUAAAAGGUGGAGACGAAGGCAUACAGCUAACAUUGCAUUGGGCAUACUAGAGAGAUCAACAUUGGCAAUAUCAGCAUUAUUUGAGGCCAGAGUGUAAAUUCAACAUGCCAUUUGGACAGAACCUCUUAGUGCGGCCUCAAACAUAUAAACCGGCUUCCACAUCUCCAACCAGCGGCCCCUAGUGGACAGAACUCGUCCUGCGGAGCGCAUGGCUCUCCACCCAUUGGCUGACGGUGAACCGGUUGGAGAAGGAGGGGGCGCGGAAAGCGAGUGCCCCCGUCAGCGUCCAGAGCCGAUUGUUUCAAGCGGGAAAGGGUUGGGCUACCUUUGUGCGGUGCCGUCAAAGCGGGGUCUUCACUGAUUGGCGGGUGGAUGGGGACGUGACGGCAGGGGGCGAGGUGAUAGUCUGAAAGGGCGACUGGGUGGGCACCUUCCGCUGAUAGGCUGAGAGGCGGGGCGUGAGGCCGUGGGCGCGGGGUAUGAUUGGCCAAAAGGAAAAGAGGGGCGGGGAGGACGGUGUCCCGUCAUGAGCGGGCUCGAGGCCGGCGGUUAACGGGCGGCUCGAGCAUGGAAUUCAAAUUUAACUUCGACCUGGGGCCGGCGGAGCCGCCCGGGACUGGAGAGGCUGAGCGGUUUCCGACACAGCCGGAGAGGGGCUCGGAGGCCGUGAAGGAACACGGGGUGCUCUGGGAAGAGCUGGAGGGGAUCCUGGAAGAUGCGGUAGUGGAGGAAGUGGAGGUGGCAGCGCCGGAGCCGCUGUGCCUCAGGCACCUGAACGUCUGGGCGGUGGAGCGGGCGCUGAGCCUGGAGGACCGCGGGGAGGCCGGCGUCUCCGGCGCCAUCGCCCGCCGCUCUGACCUCGUGCCCGGCGUCUACGAGGGAGGCCUGAAGAUCUGGCAGUGCACCUUCGACCUGAUCGAGCACCUGUCCGGUGUCGAGCUGGAGGGCCGGCGGGUCCUGGACCUGGGCUGCGGGGCGGGACUCCUGGGCAUCGUCGCCCUGAGGAGGGGGGCGGCCGAGGUCCACUUCCAGGACUACAACGGCUCCGUGAUCGAAGGGGUGACCCUCCCCAACGUGGCUCUGAACGAGGAGGAGGAACGGCCCCCGAAAAGGCGGAGAGCCCAGGGCCCGGAGCCCCGGCCGCUCUCCCGCUGCCGCUUCUUCUCGGGAGACUGGUCCCGGUUCGGCAACGUCCACGGCGGCUCCUUCAAGUACGACCUUGUCCUGAGCUCGGAGACUCUGUACAACCCGGACAGCUACGGAGAGCUGCACGACGCCCUGUCCAGCUUGCUGUCCCGGGACGGGCUGGUCUACCUGGCCACCAAGUCCCAUUACUUCGGGGUGGGCGGCGGCAUCCACCUGUUCGAGAGCUUUGUCAAGCAGAAGGGGGUCUUUGACAUUCAGACAGUAAAAGUGAUCGACGACGGCCUCCAGAGAUGCAUCGCCACCAUGUCCUUCAGGAAAGCCCACUGUUACUGACUCGCAAAUUGAGGUGCACUUUAUACGACCGCUGAACAGCUUUCAGGAAAUUAACAUCGAGGGUUUUGUUCUCAAAGACAAAACCUCGAGGUGGAAUCCAUAGGGAAAAUGGAUGAAAGCCUACUCUUCGCUGUGAAGUGUUGAAUCAACGCAAAGUGACUGAAGUGUACAUGCUGGAAGAGUGUUUCCAUUGCCUCAUGUCACAGGAUACAGAUAUUGAUAUGAAUUAGUAAAAAUAAGUUUUUUGAUUUCAAGAGCAAAUAACUGUUAACAAAGCACCAUAGCAUACAGGGUUAUGAGCCAAGACCUGGAAAACGGAUUGGAAUAAAGAGACGCACGAUGACUGACGCAGACAGAAUGAGCUGAAGGGUCUUUUUAUCCCCUGUUGUAAAAACUGACUCUUUUUAAUCUCUUCCAAGUACUUUGGAAGAAUUUAGCAGCUGUGAUUCGGAUACCUUGUAAAGAGUGGGUUAAGUGUUGGAAUUUAACAUAACACAUUUUUAAAAAAAAAUUUCCUCACUGGAUGAGGAUGUUGACCCUUGAGGGUAGUGAAUAGUCAACCAUUUUGCUAUGGGUCUGGAGUCACCUGUAGUCCAGACCACGUAAGGACAUUUAGUGAAACGGCAAUGGGUUCAUGGUUGUCAUUAGACUAUUAAUUCUAUAUUUUUGUUUUGAUUGAAUUUUAAUUCCACUGUUUGCCAUGUGUGGAAGGGCCUCUUUCCUUUAUUCCACAUCCCGGUCGGUGUGUGGGGUUUGCCGAUUACUGUGGUGGGCUCUGUCCAGUAGGCUCUGAAACUUCAAAGACCCGGAAUGCUGCACUAGAGCAACUCCAUUGGAGAGAGGGUGCUGAACUGACUGUUUGGUCGGUCUGUCUGUCUGUCCUGACCAGCAAGUUGGAACGUACCUCCACACAGUAAUUGUGACCACCACAAAUGCCUGGGGGAUUCCCUCUUGUUGGUGAGACAAUGGCCACCUGGUACCUACACAUUUGGCAGUAUCCCCAAGACAGAAAAAGAAAGAUCAGACUGACUCAGAUAUGAGUUCUCUGGUAAUUUUGAACUUUAUUACAGAAAAAAACAAUCAUUUGCCCAAUCUGUACAAUACUUUGCAACAUAUGCUCUAUGCUAUGAUAUAAAAUAUAAGAACUGGAGUGGACACUGUAAAUCUUUACCCUGACACAAUUUAUAGGGUACUUGUACUUUAAGAAUUACACAACCAUCCUCCUCCACAUGUGUGCCCCCACCCUGCCAAAAUGCCUAACUAAUUACUCCAGAGGGAAUUGUUGCUUGUUUGGUGGAGGUCCCUCUCUGCCCUUGGGUGUUGUUGUGGACUUGAGGUUGCAGACAGGGUCGAUGUCUUCAACCCCAAAGGGUUAGUGUCCAGAGACACAGCAAGCUCAGCGAGGAGAAUGAAAAAAAGCACCGAUAGCUGGUCUUGCUGCCCCCUUUACCCAUUCCAAAGGGCUGGCUGGCUCCGCCCCUCUGGUAAUUCCAUUUCACAAAGCAUCAUGGGGGAUAUUGGGCAGGUCGGACUAAUUUGGGUUGGGAUAUCUGGUCGGCAUAGACGAGUUGAACCGUAGGCUCUGUUUCCGUGCUGUACAUCUCUCUGAUGUCUGGUGAUUGCUUUUUUUCACAGGUCUUAACAGCUAAGGAUUAAAUCCUUAAUUUGUUGUUUAAAAAAAACACUUGUGUGCAAUAAAACCACCAUCUCCUAA